CGUAGGAAAGAGUAUGCUUCAAUUGCACAUCGAUGAAAUGAAAGAUCGUGACCGACGCACUAAAUAUCAAAUUAGCGGUUGAAAGCUGUUUGUCCUACUAAACCUUACUACAGAAAACUACAGAAACAACAGGCCAUUAGCCAAAUAAUAUACUACAGCCCUUAACAGAAAGCCACCUCCAUUUAACUUUUUCUCUGUUUCCUGCUCUCUCCAUCCUACCCUAGGCUCUUCUUCUUAACCUCCGAAUUCCAUCUUAUCCCCCACUGAAGUAGGAAAGAUGUCUAGCAUGGCUGUGUCUGCUUCCACUACUACCCCUCCCUAUGAGGUUGAUGAAUGCAGAGGAGUCCUUCGUGUUUACAGCGAUGGCUCUAUUUGGCGUUCCUCUAAACCAAGCUUCAGUGUCCCUGUUGAUGAUGAUGGCUCUGUUGUGUGGAAAGAUGUUCUAUUUGAUCCUGUGCACAACGUUCACCUCAGGCUCUAUAAGCCAGCUUCACCAUCAUCUGCCAAGCUCCCCAUCUUCUAUUACAUCCAUGGCGGUGGCUUUUGCAUUGGAUCUCGUGCCUGGCCUAACUGUCAAAACUACUGCUUCAGGCUUGCUUCAGAGCUUGAAGCAGUAGUGAUUUCACCAGAUUAUCGUUUGGCUCCUGAGAAUAGACUCCCGGCAGCCAUUGAGGAUGGUUCCACGGCUGUGAAAUGGCUCCGAGCUCAAGCUCUGGCUGAGAAUCCUGAUUCAUGGUUAACUGAUGUAGCUGAUUUUAGCAACGUGUUCAUAUGUGGUGACUCAGCUGGUGGUAAUAUUGCUCACAAUUUGGCGGUUCAACUAGGGGCUGGCUCAUCUGAUUUGGCUCCAGUUCAGGUCAAAGGCUAUGUCCUUUUAGCUCCUUUCUUUGGAGGGACAGUGAGAACCAGGUCGGAAGCAGAGGGACCAAAAGAUGCCUUUCUUAAUUUGGAGCUCAUUGACAGGUUCUGGAGGUUAUCUAUACCAAUUGGAGAUACGAUGGAUCACCCACUGGUAAACCCUUUCGGACCAGUCAGUCGCAGUCUUGAACAUUUGAAUCUUGAUCCUAUUCUGGUAGUGGUUGGUGGAAGUGAUCUGUUGAAAGACCGAGCAAAGGAGUACGCCCAAAGACUGAAGAGCUGGGGGAAGAUGAUCAAAUAUGUUGAAUUUGAAGGACAACAACAUGGGUUCUUCACUAUUAAUCCAAACUCUGAACCUGCGAAAGCUUUGAUGAAGAUAAUGAAACGCUUCAUCACUGAAAAUUCCAACUGAGAGGGGUCGUUUUGAGCUCAUGUUUCAAUU